AUGAACGUGAGUACCAGUGCGCUUGGUGUGCGAAGAAGAAAACCCGCUUCUCAGAACAUCGACGAUGAAGAAAACGCAGCCACCUUGAAACUAGGACCCGAAUUCCAACUCACACAAAUCACCCAUUCCGGAGAACCUGAGCAAUUGAUAGCACUAAACUUGUCGGAGGCGAGAUUGCUCGUUCGUGCUGCGUUGAAAGAGCGGAAAAAUAAGGGAAGACCCAACGAUGACGACAAUGAUGAAGAUGAUAAAGAAGAUGAGAUUGCCAAUAUGGAGCUUGCAGGGCCAGAAUCCAACGAGGUUAUCCAUAAGACUUUGAAUUACUUGUCGACAUUUUCACGCUUCCAGAACACUUCGUCCACAGAAACCGUAGAAAAAUUAUUGAACGAUUUUAGCGCUCUGAUAGCGGAACCAUUGCAUCCAUUUGAAUUUGCCCAGCUUGGAAAUUUGGAGUUUGAAGACGCCGAGGAGGCCAAGUCGUUGAUUCCCAGCUUGGCUAACAAGGUUUCUGAUGUACAGUUGCAGACGUUGCUCAGUGAGUUGAGAAAGUACCAGACUUUGUCGUAA